AUGCGAACCGAUGCCGACGAUCAUUCCUUCCACAAUUCUUUCCUUUAUUCCUUCUCAUAUAAUUAUUUUCUUCUUUGCUUCCUAUGUGGUCUCUUUCUUCUUCGAAUCCUUUCAAUAUCAUUCCUAAGUAUUCCUCCUGUUUUUCUCUUUUACUUCCUUCCUUGGUUCAUUCCUGAUUUCUUUCUCUCCUUCCUAUAUAAGUUGUUCCUAUAUCUCAAUCUUUUUUUUUCUUUUCUUCGUACAUCCUCCCCUUUUUCCUCAUCUAUAUUUUUCUUUUCUUCAUUCCUUGUUCUUUCCGUUCUUCCUUCAUAUAUUAGUCUUUUUCUUUCCUUCAUUUAUUCUUUAUUUAAUUUCCUUUCUUUUUUCCUUUCUUUUGGGUCUGUUUCCUUUAUGGUUUUCUUCAUUUCUUCCCAUUUGUAUGUGGUUUAUAUUUUUGUUCUUUUUUGUCUUUCUUUCGUCUAUCAUUCCUUUCGAAUACCUGUGUCUUUUUUGAACCACCUUCCUUUCUUCCUUUCCCAACCCAUUAUUCUUUCUUUCUUUCUUUCUUUCUUUCUUUCUUUCUUUCUUUCUUUCUUUCUUUCUUUCUACAAUUCACUCAUUUCUUUAUUCAUUUUAUCACCUUGUUUCUUUCUUUCCUUUCUUUCUUUCUUUCUUUUUUCUUUCAUUCUUUCUUUCUUUCUAUCUUCUAUUUAUUUAAUUCAUCAUUAUUUUAUGUUAUACACUAUCGUGCAAAAGUUUCGGACCAUCGACGUAAAUGAUUAA